AUGCGAGUUUCGCAUCGACACGUGUUGGCAGACUCUGGCGCGCUUGCCACCCGGAAGACUUGCACAUUUGAGGUGUGGACCCUGGAUACGUCAGCCACCUUGACGAAAGACGUGGUCCCUGUGGGCAUCGGCUUCUCGAACGGGGAGUUGGCCACCAACGCAAGCAGUUCGAUAGCUUUGAUGACGGCCGCCGCCGUGACUCAUUCGCUACAGCUGCACAAGGAAUGCAUCAUGUGCCCAGAACUUCAACGGCUGUUUGCAGUCGCCGCCAUGAUCACUGCCAUCCAUGCCUUCUCCAGCAAGGCUACACCAAGGGUGCAGGUGACAGUUGGCCGCGUUCGAUACAGCCGCCGAGUUCGUGCAGACUUCAAGAAUGCAAGCAUUGGCCAUAGCCGUGUUGUGUUUGCCAUGCUGUUGUUCGCACAAGAGGUACAAGCAUUCGCAGGUCCUGAGGUUGGCAGGGCAGUUGCAACAGUGUCGGAACCACCGACCAUGUCUGGCACUGAGGUGACACAGGCCAUAACUAGGUCAGUGCAGGAGCCCGCAAGUGAAGCCAAGGGAGUCAGUGGCGCACCAACCCAAGCAGUGCCCACUGCAUAUAGCAGAUUCGUCCGUGCCAUAAUGAUGAUCAUCCCAUCGGCCAUUGUGUGCAUCAUUCUGCUCAUGUAUCCCGGCAAUGUAGCACAAUCCAUGCGGAUGCCUCCUGUGUAUGACCCGAAUGAUCACACCCAGUCCUUUCGAGCUUGGAGCCAAGACUUGAUGCUUUGGACCAUCUCUAAUGAACUGCAGCCACACCAGCAGGCUGCAAUGGUGGUAGCACAAUUGCGUGGCCCCGCACGAGAGAUGGCCAGGAGCAUCACGCCUCAAGAGCUGUACCACGGAGGAAUGUACAACGGAGUUCACCUGGACCCCGUUUCAUACAUCCUUCAAGGACUGGCAUCCAGAUUUGCACCGCUCAACGAUGAAACCCGCCUCAGGGCGGCGCAAGAGUUGCUCUCGUUCCAUCGACGAUCGCACGAGUCGAUUGAUGGGCUCAUAACUCGAUUCGAGAUUGUUCGUAGCCGAGCUAGACAGGAAGGAGGAGGUGCCACAGUGUCAACCGAGACCGCCGCACUCCUUCUGCUUCGUGUAUGCAAUUGCAACCCCGAGCAAUUCCAGUCCUUGACGCAACCCUUCGGCUACAGACUCCCGAACACAGACGAUGAGUUCACCAGACUUUGUGCCCACAUCCGUCGGUUAGGUCACAUCGCAGAGCGCCAGCCACUGAACAUUGCCAGCACACUCCGACAGGGCCAAGGCCAGACUCAGCAUUUCCAUGUCAAUGAUGCUGAGCAGUUCGGAGCAUCAAGCCAAGAUGCAUGGCAAUCAGGCUGGGAAGCAUCAGGUGAGGCAGGCUGGAAUCAUGCACCUGGUUCAUGGAACACACCAGAUUCCACCAAUGCAUGGGCAUACCCUGUCACUGAGGGCAACAACAGUGACACCGAUUCGGCCACGUCGUCCGACUCAGGCGGUCAGUUGGAUACCUCCGACUUUGCCCACAUGCCAGAACACGAAGCCGAUCAAUACCUCUUUGGCGAGUACCAGCACGCCAAGAAGAGAUGGAGACGCUUCUCAGGCAAGCCUGUUCGUGCCCUUCGCAGAGAGGGCUCAGUGCACUUCGCAACCUUCGAGCAGGCUUCUGCCGCCAGUGGCCCACCAAGUGAAGCCGACAAUGCAAGUUGGUCCAAUGUUGAGCCAAGUGCACCUCCGCAGCAGUCAGGUGAUACAACCAGUGCAAGCUGGACCAAUGUCCACCAGCUGACACCAGAUCAGCAGAACGAUCCUUGGAAUGAUGGCCAAGAUCCAUGGUCGCAAGGAUAUCAUGAGUGGUCGCAAGAUGCAGUGUGGCAGCCACAGCCAAUGCAAGUUGGCGAUCCAUGGACGCAGUGGCACAUCGACAGUCGGCAGAUGCAACAUGCGCAGUCGCAGCAGUUCAAUAUGGUCAACGCAGCCCUCAAUGCCAAUUCGUGGUUCAUGCCAUAUGACCAGAACAGGCCGGCUGCCCAGUAUGAACAAGUUCAACUGCCGAUCAUACCACAGGUGAGCGCCAUCCAAGAAGCUGUUCGCGCCGCAGAAAUGCAGCAGAGUGCCACAAGCAAUGCACGUGAGCCAUCGAGCAGUUCGUCGCAGCCACCAGUAUGGUUUCAACAACCUGUUAGGACUUCGAUGCCUCAAGCACCACAAACUCCCGAGCAAGUUGCAGUAGCUACAGCCUCGGAAGUGGUGUCCAUCUUCGCCGAAGUGCAUGCUGCAAGGUUCGCACAAGCUGAGAGGUCACGACCGCAGUCACGACCUCGGAAUGAAGUUCGUCCGUUCAGCAACCAGUGCACCAUAUGCCAGCAGACCUUCAACCAAGGCGAAGAGAUUUUGAGGAUUGAAUGCGGUCACAUGUUCCAUAGCAUAUGCUUCAGUGAGAUGAUGCAGCACUCCGAAUCCGAGGGCAAUGCCGUGCAAUGCCCGAACUGCCGUUCGGAUGCAAUAGUUGUGAGCACAUGGAUGUAUGCAAUCCCAGCCGCAAGAUCCGAAGUGCCCACCGAACCUCCAGCAACGCCAUCACAAUCACGUGCACCACUGGACCUCCCCACAGAGGAGGAGACUGCCGACAGGCACAAUGCCAUCCUCGAUCUAGGUAAGAAGAUGAUGCACCUGAUCCCGGACGAUCGUGAAGCGGAAUAUGAACUUCCCGAAGGCACAGAAUCCUAUCCGCUAAAGCAGGACCGUGAGUCCUCAGCCAGCGGAUCAGGACUGCAACGCGACACGGAUGUCCCCAUGGAGGAUGUCGCAGCAGCACCAUCAGCCGGUCCAACCAAGAUGGAAGUCGAUUCGACACCUGCCGCCAAAGCGCCAGAGCCCGCCACAGAGCCUCCAGCUGAGGCCACUCGCACAGCGGAAGAGAGCAGCCAUCACGCCGCUGAGUCCAAACCACCGACUGCAGCACGUGACGAUGUGCCUCAGUUCUUACCGCCAUCCCGCAAACUUCAUGGAGCACCUCAAGCCGCAAGGGCUGCUGCUGGAGUCGAGUACGGUCCAGUGAGAAGGCGACAAGAGCGUCCAGAAGAGAUGGAAGAAGUGGAGGUGGAUGAGGAGUCAGGCGAAUCGAGGAGGGUGCGACAGUUCAAGCUGACUGAAGCGGGAGUUGCAGCUGCCGCCAAAGCAGUACCGAAGUCACCUCCAGAUUCACCGACAGAGCCAGACAAUGCGAUCGACAAGCGAGGCUGCCAAGGCCAGCGGAUCGUCCGCGUCGGGACCGCGGAUGGUCGAGUGACGGCCAGCAAGCGAGAGCAAUGGCCCACUCUCGCCAUCCGCAUUCGGCCUAUCGAGAUCACUAGAAGUCUUGAAUUCGAUAGAGUCCUUGAAGACAUCAAGCAACAGCACUACGCCUUAGUCUGGAUUGACCUCCAAAUGCCAAAGAUCUUUUGUGGCCUGCCAAGGUAUGCAGAGGUCAUGGCACGGAUCCAAACGGUGGUCAUGACGGCCCGGCGAAAUUCUGUUGAUGUAUUCUUGGCAAGCAACCGGCAUGAUGCCGAAGGCAUCUCAUCGGAAGAUGAGUCAGAUGUGGAAGUGCCAGUAGGUCUCAGCCAAUCAUUGUCCUGUUGGAUUGGCAACGGCAGCCAAACUGCCGAGUCUCCAGAGCUCACGGGGCAGUCCUAUCUAGCCUGCGACAUAGACGAAAUGUUGAGCACUUUAGAAAAGCACCCAGGCACUCCUUGGCCAUGGGGAGUUGAGAUUCUGGUUCGAGCAGAACUUCGAAAGAUGAAGAAGGAGCAGGCCUAUCCCACAGUGGCCACCGACACUUCCGACCCAAAAGGUGACCCAGUGGAAGAAAGCCCUUGGAGGAAGUGCAAAGGAUGCCUGUGGCGCCUUCAGAAGUUCGACUCUCGACACUCUCGAAUCCCGGGAGAAUGCAAGCAUCCUGAUGUAGAGGCCAUCGAGUUCAAAUGCCCAGGCUGCAUGAAAGAUUCGCUAGAAGAACCGAUUCCAGCAAUAGAGGAUGCACCCCGAGCUGGCAGAGGCCCAGACCUCGAGCAAAGGAUCCGAAGAACAUUCGAUGAAGGUGAAACCCAAACACCAGUUCCAAACGACUGGUCAUCAUUCGACGUCGGAUCUUCAUUGCGUGGAAUCAAGUUCUCGUCAGAAGACGGCCAACGGCGAAUUCUGCGGAAGCUGCAUGUGCGAUGGUGGCACAUCUCGGCGCACCGCAUGAAGGCGGUGUUGCACAAGGCCGGCAUCCCUAAGGCAACUCUCGACUUGAUAGACGGCAUAGUUGAUACCUGCAGAAUCUGCCGUCUCUGGACUCGACCGAUUGCCGACACCGUCGCAAGCUCGCGCAUUGUGACAGGCUUCAAUGUUGAGGUAGAAGGUGACUUGGUGUUUUAUCGCUACGACAAGAUGCACACCAUUUUGCACAUGGUCGAUAGAGGCACAAGGUGGGCUGCCGCCUACCUUCUGCAGGACAAGACGACCAGUCAGAUCCUGCAAGGAUUCGACCAGUGGCUGAGCACCUUCGGACCACCACAGGUCCUGAUCUUUGACGGCGAGCAAGGCCUCAAGGACGACGAAGCCAGGAUGUACUUUGAAAUCAAAGGCAUCACCAAGCGCGAAGCUGCAGUUGGCCAACACACCCGCAUUGUGGAUCGGAGGACCCAAGUUCUCCGGGACACAAUGCGCAAAAUACAGUCGCAGAUGAGCGAAGAGGGGUUAAGAGUACCAAUAACUAGAAUCCUCUCUGAAGCAGUCUAUGCGACCAACGCCUUGACUACAGUGAACGGCUACUCGCCAUUCACGGCAGUGCUAGGUAGAGUUCCUCCCAUCAUGCCUGAUGCAAUAGCAGUAUCAGACGAUUCAGCCGGUGCACCAAGCUCAGCCCACACACACCGUUUGCGUGAGAUUGCCAUUCAGGCCAUCGUGGAAGGAACAGCUCGAGAACGCAUGAAGCGUGCGCUGCAUACACCGACCAGGGUGUCCGGUGAGGAACUUGAGCUAAAAGUUGGAGAAGCUGUGGAGUACUUCCGCCCACCGGAAGGAAAGGAAUCUUCAGGAUGGAGAGGCCCAGCGACUGUCGUCGACCUGACCAGCAGGCUUGAGCAUGGCAGGAUCGGCAUUCGAACACGGGCAGACAAUGUGAUCGCCUGCCGCGUCCAAGAUGUCCGCAGGUGCUUAGCAUACUGGGCCAGUCCGUCCAUCAUUAAUAAGAACUCCAACCAUGCACAGCAGAUCGCUCAAGAAGCCAUAGACCAAUUUAAGAAAGGCACUGUCAUUACAUUGGGCCAAAUCCGUAACCAAAAGGGUGAAUGGUGCAUGUCCAAUACCACCAAGCAACAUCAAGGUCUCUUUGCCGCCAUCAUGCAUGUUGCAAAGAACGUGUUUAACAUCACUAACAUAGUGGCAGCAAGAUGUGGUCUAGGAGUCAAGCAGAUCCCAGCAAAAGAAGAAUACACUGGAUCGCUGACGAUCCAUUGGACCGCGCCAGGAACUAAAGCAUUGCAGUUUUUCCAAAGCCAGAGCACCAAUGUUUCGUUCUCAGGUCUCGCAGGAAGCGAGUGGGUGAACACCCGGUUCAUCCAAUGCUUGCAGGCGCCUGACACAGAAGAAUGGCUCAUUGGGAGCCACAGAGGCCAUGCCGAUGUCGCUGCCAUGGACGUCGACACCAACGACUCCACAUCCAACACCACUCCAAGAAGUAUGAGUGUUGGAGGCCCACUGAGCACAAUCCCUGAAGGGAGCAACGAAGGAGGCUCAGAAGAUGCACUUGUGAGCUUCCAAGAGUUGAACCAAGUCUUCGGCGUCCAAGACAGCCAUCCAGCCAUCCAAGAACUCGCAGAAGCAUUCGUAUGCUUCAAUGAGCAUAAGGAUACCCAAGAGCUGCCCGACUUGGAGGCAUCCAAGACCAAUCUCGCCAGCCUUCAAGCAGCCGCAGAAGCUGAUGUUCCAGAAUGGUAUGAAGUAGAAGCCGAAACGCAAAAGAGUUUCCUUGCUGAGGAAGCAUUCGCAGACAGCCUACAAGAUGCACUUCGUGACUCGAACCCCAGUAUUGAUGAAGAUGAACGAGGUUCAUAUGUUGCCCUUGAAGCUUACGGCAACAUGUGCAAGGUCAUCGAAGGUUUGCCUAGGCUGCCAGGCCCACAUGAACAUGUUGAGCUGCGCAUCUAUCAAACCCACACUCGUAAGGCAGUGAUUGAUCGUAGUGAUGAUCUCCUCACCAAAGAGGAAGAAGUAACCCAUGCGCCAGAACUUGUCCAAGCUAUCCUUGAUGAGCUAAAGGUAUGGCAAGGCUACCAAUGCUUUGAGCGCCAGCCAAGGCAUCAAGCUCAUAAUGUGAUAGAUGUUAAGUGGGUAUAUAAGUGGAAGAUUAAAGGUGGUAAGAGGUUCAUCAGAGCAAGGCUAUGCAUUCGAGGCUUUAAGGACACAGGAGCAGACGAUGACGUGAAUACAUCACCAACAGCCACCAGGCUGAGCCAGCGCCUCCUUGUGUCUGAAACGGUGGUUCGUGGUUGGAUCCUGGGAUCCACCGACAUCCCAAAAGCCUUCUUGCAGGGAGUCACUUAUGCCGAAUUGGCACAAGAGACAGGACGUCCAGAACGCCAAGUCAGCUUUGAACUGUGUGGCCAGCCACAAAAUCCUCGCAAGCUGGUCUACCGAAAGAUGGAGUACCCAACCAGCUUGGUGGUCUACAGUGAUUCUGGUUUUCAGGCAAAAUCAGAUUCAGGCCUUAGUGUUCGCGGAAUGCUUGCAGUAAGGAUGACCACGUCAGAUGUCAACCAGCUCUACAAAGGAGCGAGUACUCCAGUGGAUCUCAAAUGCCAUGUGAUUGAGUGCGCAUCAAAAUCACAGCGCCAUGUCACAAGAUCCACCUUCGCUUCAGAACUGUUUGCCUCGACAGAUGCAGUGGAUGCCACUACCCUCACCAGACUGGCACUCCAUGAGCUGCAUCAAAACAGUUUGAGCGAGAGUGAAGCUCGCAAUAUCUUGACAGGUGACACACGGUCUCCAAUAGACCUGCACAUCGUACUGGACGCGAUGAGUGUCACCUCGGCCAUCGUGGCACCAACCCUGAAGGUGCCGGCCGAGAACAGCCUUGUGGUCCAUCUCAGAUGGUAUCGCCAACAGCUUCAGAGAGGCAUCUUGAAAUUGGCUUGGGCAGAUACCAGAGACAUGAUCGCCGACGGCAUGACAAAGGGCUCAGUGUCGAGAGAAGCCCUUGAGAAAGCGAUGGAAGGAUUCAUCGCAUGCCAUCGGCAGUUCAAGGCCCAACAACUCGCGUGA